GAAUAGCAGAUCGAGCGGAGAACGGGUGGCGGUGCCGAAACCGAUCGAUCGACGAAAGUCAACUUUUUAUAAAACAAAGGAUAAUUUGGUUUUCAAUUUGGCUAAAAGGUAUAAACAUUCGUAGAAAUUUUAAAUAAAUUAUCAAAAUUUCUAAUACAGUUAAAUUAUAUCGGUAAAAUUUAAACUGGUUAAAGGCAAUUUAUUAUGCCUCUUCAUUAUUUGAAGAAUCCUAUGUACGCACUUUGUCUCUUAGCGGCAUUUUGCGUACGACAGCAUAUGCAGAACAAUAGAAUCGACCAACCGUUAACGAAACGUAUAUCGAUUCAAACUCCGAUAUUGAUAAACACAAAACCCAAUGAAGCGGAAACAAAAAUAAUAUCACACGCUAAAAAUUUUAUAAGCGAUUUUAACAAUAAUUUUAACAAGAUAGACGAAUCUGACUUAUUGAUUAAUUGCUUACAAAUCAUCGCUAAACGGGCUCGACAAAUCUUUGAAAAUAUCCAAGCAAGCAUCCCAGUUUCAAAGACAGUAGAUUUCGAAGAUUCCUUAUUAUCUUCAUCCAACAUUUUUGAUUCAUUUCUAUUCGCAACAAACAACGUCGGUAUCAAAUGGUUGGCCUAACACAGAAUGAUGUAUUGAUGAUCUAUUGAAGAGUACGAAAGACUGUUGUUUGACAAAGAUUAAUACGGAUUAAAGGGGGGGAUCCGCAUGUGAUCUUUGUCAAUCGAUGGAAAAUUUUACAAUUGAUUGAAAAAUUGUUCGUCAUCGAACAAUUUUAAAUCGAAGAAAAAUUGGAGAAAAUAAUCGGACGGACUUAUACACAUUUCUUGUGUGAAACGGUUCGGUAUUGCGCGCUCAAAUAGGCGCCAACGAGCGCGCAAAUACCGAACAUGAUGCAAAAAUUCAUACGCGCGUAUAUUUAAAAUAUAUUAUAUAUAUAUAUAUUCA